UAGUGUCGAACCUAUUCAAUUUAGAGGAGAUAACUGGACAACUGCUUGUAGUUAACUUUGCCUGGACACGUACUUGAGGAACACGAUACAGUCCAUUAUGAUAGUCCAUGUCCUUAAAGAACGUGUAGGAUAUUUCUGAACGUGUACAGAUGUCACGUAGAUUUGAAAUUGAAAGACCGUCGGACUGGGACGAAGAAGUGCCAUGGACGGAGCACUCUCGAAUGUUUCCGCCAUUUCCUUAUCCUCACACACAAGUAGGUGGAGACCAAAUAACUUAUCCUACAGAAGACAGUGAUGUUGAGGAAGAUGAACUGUGUACAAGCGUCCACUUUCCAAACAGACAGCAUAGCUUCAAUUCAGUGGUACAUGCAUCCUUUGAAGAUGUCGAGAAAAGAGAAGCUUUGGAAGCCAGCGGACAUUUGUCAGGCCAGGUAUACAGCAGAGAGGGUAAACAACAGACUAGACGGCAAAAUACCAUGUUCUCGCAGAGAAAGAAACUGCCAUUAGGAAGAGCAAAAAUCAACGUGUGUAUUAUAAAAGGAGACCUUUCAACUGAAAAAGUAUGUAUAUAUAACUGUUAAAAGGCUUCACAGUUCAUUAGCAAAAAAAACAAGUUUGCAGCAUAUCCCAUGCCCCAAGUGCUGGCAGAGCUGUGGAACUCUGAACAGUUAUCAGUGAAUCUUGUUUCUAGUACAGUAAAAUGGUGUAAAAAUACUUCAAAAAAUGGGAAAAGCAUGAAACUUGGUACAUAACUACUUUAGGGCAAAAUACUAAAAAUGAGCAUGAGACCCACACCGAAAAAUCCAAUAUGGCCGAAAAAUCCAAGAUGGCCGCCAUAUAUGUAUAUAUUUUCAAAAAUACAUAAUAUUAUAUAUAAAAUUUCUAUUGACACUUACAGUCAUCAGUAUAAUAAGCUAAAACCACCUGCCUGAAUUAAUCCAAACAUAUUAUAUUAACAAAAAUACCGCUCUUCCAACAAAAAUGAAAAAAGUUGUCUCCCUUGGAUAAAAUGUGCUGUUAAGCAGAAGAAAAGU